AUCAUAAAACGCAAGUAUUAUUUCAGCAUCUAAAUGUAAUGGGAGAUCAUUCUGUUGGGUUAACUGUAUAUUCACCUGAUAUAAUAACCAGGGCUUUUGAAUAUUUUGCAACAAGUCGUUCCACUUACAAUCAAUUGUAUUGUGAUUAUCAGUUGCCAAGUAUUCGAACUUUAACUCGUAUAACUUCAAAAAUAAAUUCUCAAGACGAUUUGGUUUUUUUAAGUUCUGUGCUAUUAAACCUUGAGGAAAAAAAAAGAAAUUGUGUUUUAUUGAUAGAUGAAGUUUAUGUCAAAGCUGCUUUAUUAUAUCAAAGUGGAAAUAUUUUUGGAAAAGCUGUUAAUAAUCCAGAGAAAUUAGCUACUACUGUACUUUCAUUUAUGAUCAAAAGUCUUUAUGGUGGUCCUGAAUUUUUAGCAAGAGUUUUACCAGUUACUAAUCUAACAUCAGAUUUCCAACUAGAUCAAUGCAAGUUAAUUGUAGACACCAUAGAAAGUUCUAUAUGUAAUGGCAAAGUAGUUGCAAUUAUUACUGAUGGUAAUAAAGUUAACCAAAGCUUUUUUUCUAAAUUCAAAACAGUAGAUGGAAAACCUUGGUUAUGUCAAAAUGGAACUUAUAUUUUAUAUGACUAUGUCCAUCUUUUAAAGUGCAUUAGAAAUAAUUGGCUGACAGAAAAGUUAGGUCAGUUGCAGUUUAUUUAUAAUGAAAUAUCUUAGAUUGCCAUUUGGAGAGAUUUAGUUAACUUAUAUACACUUGAAAAAAACCAAUUAUUAAAGUCAUCAAAGUUGACUGAAACAUCAAUAAAUCCUAAACCAAUAGAACGACAAAAAGUUGGUUUUCUUCGGAUCCGAUUGAAAAAUGCUUUGGAAAAUUACGUCAAGGAUCAGGUGGUACUUAUUUUAUAACCACUAAAUCAGUUAUUGAAAAAGUACGUUUCAGCAUGCU